AUGGAGACCCCUUACGUGAUUCUGGACCCCAAGGGCUCCGAAAUCAAGACUGAUCACGAGAACGAGGCGCAAUGGAAGUCGCUGAAAAUGGGCAGCCCGAACGAGACCGUAUACCUCGAGGACAGCGGCGAUCUCACUCUUGUUGUCGGCGGCGACCUCGGCGCAUACGACACAGGCGACGCCACAGCCGACGAUGGUGCUACAGAGAUCCCGGAUGCCUCGAGACGCUUCGUCGUAUGCUCCAAGACCAUGAAGCGCGUUUUUGAGGUUUUUAGAAAAAUGCUCUUUCCUACUUUCGCCUUUGCCGAGUCGAAGCCAGUCGACGAGCCUUGGGUGGUUCAUCUGCCGGAGGAUGCCCCCGAGCCGAUGUUCAUCAUGCUGUCGUACGCCCAUGGCUUGUUUUCCAACAUUCCUAGGACUCUUUCUCUUGUUGAGAUUCGUGAGGUUCUCUUCUUGACGAACAAAUAUCUCUUCACUCAACACAUGGACUCGAUUGUUGAGAAGUGGCUGAGGCCCUACCGAGGGUCGGUCGUUUUGGAUCGCUGGGAUCAGUACCAGAUGGCGGGGAUUGCUUGGGAACUCGGCGACAAGGUUUUGUUUGAGGGCAUUAGCCUUGAUCUAGCUCGACACUGCCUGAAGAUCACGCGGUCCGAUGCGCCCGACCUUGAAGGAUUGGUCUUGCGGGAUGAGUACUUUCCUGAAGGCUCUCGUGUGGUCUCCUGGAUAGACUCUUACAUUGAGCGCUUUCUGUCUCAGCUGAACGCUAAGAUCGACGACGGCAUUCAAAAGUGCAGCGAGGGAACGAUAUGUAGCAUCCCCCAACGACAGAAGCCGCGGAGGAAAGUGUGGCCCGAGCCUCAGUGGUAUGACUGCACGGAACGUGUGGACCUCUCGCUUUCCAUCGUCGAUGACGCCGUUGGCAUCACGCGCGAGUCUGUACCACUAGGAUCGGUGCACUGUUGCUACAACACUCUUGACGAAAUAUACUUUGCACUCCCGCGAAAUGAGAUGAACAACUUGGACGGUCACGAUUGCUUUCCUUUUCAGGAAAUGAUGGACUUGAUGACAGACGCGGUCUACAGCCCUGCAGAUGGUUCUCGACUGGACAUCGAGCAGUCCGGUCACCUCGACAGCCAGGCUCGGAUUUCGGGAUGGAACAAUCCCGAGUUCUGGGGACCGAUGUAG